AGGUUUGAGAGAUAGGUGGGGGUGAGGUUGUUGAGGGCUUUGUAUGUAAGCAGAAGGUUUUUGUAGUCAAUCCGGUGCUGAACAGGGAGCCAGUGAAGUUGGAUGAGGAUGGGGGUGAUGUGGUCAGACGAUUUGGUACAGGUAAUGAUCCGGGCAGCCGAGUUUUGAAUGAUUUGAAGUCUGUUGAGUAGUUUUGUGGUUAGGCCAGAGAGGAUAGCAUUACAGUGGUCAAUCCGGGAUGUGACAAAUGCAUUAACCAGGAUUUCGGUACUGGAUUGUGAAAGGGAUGGGCGGAGUCUGGAAAUGUUGCGGAUAUGGAAGAAGGCAGUCCGGGUGAUGUUUUCUAUGUGGGGUGCAAACGAAAGGGUGCUGUCCAGGAUGACGCCAAGGCUUUUGGUUCAAGCAUACUACGUCAUCGAGUGCCGCCGAAGGACUGUUCCAAUGUUAAGGAUCCUUGGAAUUCUACCGAGACCGGUGUACUUCGUGCGGGAAAUGUUGAGGCUGCACAUGUGUAUCCUCCGCGGUCUUAAAAUACCCACAAUGCUUUGCGCACGGACCAAUUUCCAAAAUCUUUGGCGGAAAUCGCACUCCAUUUAAGGCGGGGCCUCGCAUAUGACGCACACCUGUUAGCCUGUUUCACCAUUCUUCGUUUUCCGAGGCUAGGAAGGAUUCUUGCCAGGUGAGGGCCAGGGCAUUCUAACAAGGAUAUAGAACACCUUGUUGAAGGAUAUUCUACCCAGAGGCCCAGAAACAUAUCUGAUUGGUUGCAUUUUCUUUCUUACACAAAACCACAAAUGUAAAGUUUAUUUACAUUUUUAUAAAAUGUAACUUAUAUAAUUAAAUCAAUUUUUUGUUAGUUUUAUCUGAGUGUUCCUGGGUAUUCUCUGAAUACCUUGAAGGUCCUGACGGUUCACCACUGACAGUGUGUUCACUUUAAUGUAACAUUAAAGUGUGUUCACUUUAAUGUUGAAAGUUGUGAAAUAAUAUUAAAAACAUGAUAACAUCAGAGACAAUAGAAGUGACGUCAGGUGAGCUAACGUGCUAGGUCUGUUAGCACAAUGUUAACAGGUGUUGUUGUGUUUCAGCCGGAUGUAAAGGAUGUGGACCGGGUUACAACAGCCCAUUGGACGCCAUGAAGGGUCCUCGGGAGGAGAUCGUUUAUCUCCCCUGUAUUUACUGUAACACCGGCAUCCUGAAACCAGAUUACCUGGCCACCGUUGAUGUUGACCCGAAGUCACCGACCUACUGUAAGGUGAUCCACCGCCUGCCGAUGCCGAACCUUCGGGACGAGCUGCACCACUCGGGCUGGAACGCCUGCAGCAGCUGCUUCGGAGACGCCUCCAAGAAGAGGAACCGUCUGAUCCUGCCGUCACUCAUCUCCUCCAGGAUCUACGUGGUGGACGUGGGGACAAACCCCCGAGCGCCACAGAUGCACAAGAUGGUGGAGCCUGUGGAUCUGUUCUGGAAGUGCGGCCUGGCCAACCCUCACACCACCCACUGCCUGGGCAACGGGCAGAUCAUGAUCAGCUGCAUGGGAGAACCAGGGGGCAACGGCAAGGGGGGCUUCGUGCUGCUGGACGGUGAGACGUUCGAGGUGGUCGGAAACUGGGAGCACCCGGGGGAAGCGGCACCAUUUGGAUACGACUUCUGGUACCAGCCGCGACACAACGUGAUGAUCAGCACCGAGUGGGGGGCGCCCAAAGCUCUGGCCAAUGGGUUCAACCCGGACCACGUCAAAGAGGGACUGUACGGCAGCUCGCUCCACAUCUGGGACUGGACCAGCCACAGGAAGCUGCAGACGCUGGACCUCGGGGAAGAUGGGGCGAUCCCCCUGGAGCUCCGGUUCCUCCACGACCCCGACGCCACCGAGGGCUACGUGGGAUGUGCUCUGAAGGGAUCCGUCUUCAGGUUCUACAAAACACCU